GAUGAUAAGAGUGAACUUCUUAAAGAAAAGAGAGCUCUUGAAACGAGUUUAAGGAAAAGCGCAGUGGGGAAAGCAAUAUUCAACAGUGAUCCACAACAGUCUAUAAAGAACAAAAACAAAUCAUCACAGAAACAAGCAGUACCAAAGAAGCCCACUGCAAAAGAUGAAGAAAAGGCAAAAAAAGAAGCUGCCAAGAAAGCAAAGGAGGCGGAAAAAGCAGAGGCUGAAAAAAGAAGGAAUGCAGAAAUCGCUGCAAGAAUUGCACAAGCCACUAAGAGAAUUUCUUCCCAACAUAAAAAGAUGUUAAUCAUCAGCCUUCUUCUGUAGAACCUCUUCAGGAAGACAAUGUCCAGCGUAGUUAAUCCUGCUUCCACAUCAAGCCAGGAACAACCUGUAAACAGAAAGCAAACAACAAUUCAAGCACCUAGGAGUUCUUCUCAUAGCCAACAGGAUGAACCACAUCAUCACAGUUUAUAUACUGAAAUUCAUGAUGAUGUCCAUCCCCUUAGCUUGCCAGCUUUCAGGAAACAGAGCUUAAGCACAGCUCAUCCCGCUUCUACAUCAAGCCAGGAACGAUCUGUAAAUUAUAAGAGGCAAAAAACACCUCAAGAAACUACUAGGCAAAGUUAUCAUACUGAAAUUCAAGAAGGUGACAACGUCCAUCCUCUUAGCCUCCCGGCUUUCAGGAAACAGAGCCUGUGCAAUGGUGAUCCCACGUCUACAUCAAGCCAGAAACAAGCUGCAAAAAGAAAGCACAAA